CCAGGGGCGGACUGACAAUUUGAGCACUUGGGCACUGCCCGAGGGCUCGGGGUCAGUAGGGGGUCCCAUGAAAUGCCCCUGGUACCUUUUAUAGGCUUUUUUUGAAUGUGGGCAAGGACACGGGCCCCAUGAUCCCCUAUUGCCCGGGGGCCCCAUGAGUUGUCAGUCUGUUCCUGGUUGCCGCCUGUCACUUCCCAUCAGUGCCCCCUAUCAGUGCAGCCUAUCAGUGCCCAUCACUACAGCCUCAUUAGUGCAC